CUCAACGCGAGAUUUCGCCAGAUCACGUUCGCUCCACCGUCCACAAACAUGGCGGACUACAAGGAGGCGCCCUUGGCUUCUCGGCCAAAAACACUGGACCCAAACGAGUAUUUUAACCUCUCUCUGGAGCACCGACGGGCCGAAGAGGAGAGGGCGGCUCUGCGGUCCAACCUGAAGCGCCAGUUCCAGACUCAGCUCAACGACCCGCACAGAAAGGCCCUCAUUGAGGACCAGGCCCUGAAUCGCUGGUCGUACGCCCGGGGGCACCCCUACCCUUACUUCAAGCCCACAUUCAAGACCUCUCUGAUGGGGCUCAUGUUUGGAGUGGUGCCUAUCUUUGCCCUUUACUACGUCUUCAAGACAGACAGGGACAAGAAGGAGGCGGAUAUUAAAGCUGGAAAGUUCGAACGCAGGUUCUGUCUGUCAUCAUGAGACCUUCCUGUUCUAGUGAUGCCAGUGUGUGUGUAAUUAAUAUUAACUGAAUAAAAUUAUAUUGUCAAAAACA